GGAUGUCCGAGGGUCAGGGGUGGCCGGAGGGGUCCCAUGGGGGGGGUCCCGACCCCUUUUUCCUCCUCACCCCCAGCACUGAGGACCCCAAGAGGCGAAAAUUUGGAUCCCCAAAGGGACAGGAUUGCGACAUUCCAGGGGAGGGGGGCCAGCACCCCAAAGAACGGGGAUGGGGACCCCUGAGGGGACAAGACCCGGUCCCCAGGGGGGUGGGACUGGGAUUCCCAGAGGGAUAAUUCCAGUCCCCCCCCCAAAUUGUGACUCCCUAGAGGACAAGGUCACCGGGGGAGGGGGAGGUCACCACUCCAGGACUGAGAACGGUCCCAGGACCCCCAGGGGGAUACGGCGGAGUCCCCAAGGUGACGGGGUCAGGUCCCCACUGGGGGGGCCCCGCUGGCCCCCCCUUGUCCCUCCCAGCCCGGCCAACAGCCAGGGUAUAACGUUACCUGCGACCUUCCCGGGGGGCACCGCCAGCACCCGCCGGGCCCCCCCACCCCACAAAUGGAGGAGAAAUCCCCCAAAAUCCCAGCCUCCGUGCCCCAGUUCACCAACUGCCCCACCAUGGUGAUACUGGUGGGGUUACCUGCCCGAGGCAAGACCUACAUCUCCCGAAAACUCACCCGCUACCUCAACUGGAUCGGCACCCCGACACGGGUGUUCAACGUGGGGGAGUACCGCAGGGAAGCCGUGCCCAGGUACAAGAAUUACGAGUUUUUCCGUCACGAUAACCCCGAGGGGGUGGAGAUCCGCAGGCACUGCGCUCUGGCUGCUCUGAAGGACGUGCGCACCUACCUGAGCUCUGAGGAGGGGCAGGUGGCGGUGUUCGAUGCCACCAACACGACGCGGGAACGCCGGGAUGUGAUCCUGCAGUUCGCCAAGGAAAACGGGUACAAGGUUCUGUUUGUCGAGUCCAUCUGUGACGACCCCACCAUCAUCGAGGAGAACAUCAAGCAAGUGAAGCUGAGCAGCCCCGACUACAAGGGCCGCGCGCAGGACGAGGCUGUGGCCGAUUUCCUGAAGCGCAUCGAGUGCUACAAGGCCACCUACGAACCCCUGGAUGACGAGCUGGACAGUGGGCUGUCCUACAUCAAGAUCUUCGACGUGGGGCUGCGGUACCUGGCGAACCGGGUGCAGGGCCACGUGCAGAGCCGCACCGUUUAUUACCUGAUGAACAUCCACGUCACGCCCCGCGCCAUCUACCUGAGCCGCCACGGCGAGAGCCAGCUCAACCUGCUGGGCCGCAUCGGGGGCGACUCGGGGCUGUCCCCUCGUGGCCAACAGUAUGCCCAGGCGCUGGCCCAGUUCAUCCGCAGCCAGGACAUCCGGGAGCUGAAGGUGUGGACCAGCCACAUGAGACGCACCAUCGAGACCGCCGAGGCGCUGGGCGUGCCCUACGAGCAGUGGAAAGCCCUCAACGAGAUCGAUGCCGGGGUCUGUGAGGAGAUGACCUACGAGGAGAUCCAGGAGCACUACCCCAAGGAGCUGGCGAUGCGGGAUCAGGAUAAAUACCGCUACCGCUACCCCAAGGGAGAGUCCUACGAGGACCUGGUGCAGCGGUUGGAGCCGGUGAUCAUGGAGCUGGAACGGCAGGAGAACGUGUUGGUUAUCUGUCACCAGGCUGUCAUGCGCUGCCUGCUGGCCUAUUUCCUGGACAAGAGCGCGGAUGAGCUGCCCUACCUCAAGUGUCCCCUGCACACGGUGCUGAAGCUGACCCCUGUGGCCUACGGGUGUGAGGUCGAGUCCAUCUUCCUCAACAUCGAGGCCGUCAACACGCACCGGGCACGACCCCAGAACGUCGACAUCAACCGCACCGCAGCUGACGCGCUCAACACCGUCCCUGAGCACUUCUGAGGGGACAAGGGGAGCCCCCACCCCAAAAAUUAAACCUUGUACAACCAAAAACUGAGCAUGGAGAUCGAGGUGCUGUACAAAAAUGGGGUGUCUUGAUUUUGGGGGGCUGUACACCAACGGGGUGUCUUUAUUUUGGGGG